UUCUUUGCUGUGAAAGAUGCGAGAGCUUGUGUUUUCAAGGAGACUACGGAAAAUAUUUUAGUCGUUGCAAAAAUACUGAAUCGUAGGAGUCGAUUGAAGCUUGACACCGGGAAAUGGGAGUAGACGGGCAAGGAGUGGAGGAAUCGAUUGUUUUGGAGGCAUUUUCAGCAAUUGGCACAUUAUUAGUUAGAUACUGUAUCUAGCUCGCCAGAAUUCUAAAUGUCAUGCUAAAUGCAGACAUGACAGGGAACACGAAUUCUCCAGUUGUUAUUUUGACAAACUAAUUGUCAAGUUUGACAACUUCCUGCCCCCCCCCCCAAAAAAAACUCCCUGCUAACGUUGGCUACUGCUGCUCACACACAGGUGCCUCAUUCUGAAUUAUUUGAACUGAAGUAAAGAUUUUGGGUGGAAAAAAUGCUGUCCCCAGAAACUCUGACUGGAAAAAAAAUGGGGUCCCCGCUGAACAAGUUUGAAUACCACAGCUCUGGGGGCAUGUAUCUGGAGCCAAAAGGGGUUGACGGAAGUGUAUAACCCAAUUGAACCAUGUCGUCGCGCGUGCUGCUUCGGCAGCAGCUGAUGCGGGAACAAGCCCAGGAACAAGAGAGACGGGAGGCCCAGCAGCAGGACUCUGUGGCUCAGCUCAGGGCAACUGACUCCACCCCUGCCAUCUAUGUCACUCUGCCCCCAAUGGCUGCUCGCCCUCCACCCGCACAGGUGCCCGUGGAGGUGUUGAAGGUGCAGACCCAUCUGGAGAACCCCACCAAGUAUCACAUCCAGCAGUCUCAGAGGCAGCAGGUGAAGGAGUAUCUCUCCACCACCCUCGGCAAUAAGGUGGCUCCUCAAAUCCUAGGUGUAUCUCCCUUGCCACCGUCUAGCUCUGCACCUGAGAUGACUCCCACAGCCCUCAGUGCUCCAAACAGCCCAAUGGCUUUACUCAACCUGGGAUCCAACAAAGAGGAGAUAGAUGGCGUAAUUGACGACAUCAUCAGCCUUGAAUCAAGUUUCAAUGAUGACUUCAUGACGUUAAUUGACUUGGGUCUACAGCUGCCUAGUACACUCCCUGGGAACCUUCUGGAUAUAUACCAUAGUCCUGGAAUGGCAGCACCUACCCUCACUGUCAGCAACUCCUGCCCUGCAGAUCUGACCAAUAUUAAAAGGGAAUACUCUGAUACCAAAGCGCUGGUGAAAGAGAGACAGAAGAAGGACAACCAUAACCUCAUUGAGAGGAGGCGGAGGUUUAACAUCAAUGACCGCAUAACGGAGCUGGGGGCCAUAAUACCCAAGUCAAAUGACCCGGAGGCGCGCUGGAAUAAGGGCACCAUUCUGAAGGCCUCGGUGGACUACAUCAGGAAGCUGCAGAAGGAGCAGCAGAGAGCCAAGGAGGUAGAGAUGCGUCAGAAGAAGCUGGAACAUGCUAACCACAGCUUGAUGCUGCGCAUCCAGGAGUUGGAGAUGCAGGCUCAGCUCCAUGGCCUCUCCAGCCCGAUGUCCCCUGGCCUGAGUUCAGACCCCUCCCUCCUUCAGCAGCAGCACCUUCAGCAGGGAGACCAUAAACUGGGGCCCAGCGCUGGAGAGGCCUGCUCCCAAACCUUUCUCAGCCUGGGGGCAGCAGCCAUGGCGCAGCCUGUCCUUACCUCCUCCCCACCUUCCUCUGACUCCCCUGUGGUUGUGAACAUAAACAGCCCCCUGGACCUGGGCAGUGUCAGCUUCACCGAGCUGGAUGACCCGUCCAAUGCUGGGCUGUACCUAGACGUGGGGUUGGGGGAUAUCAUCAUGGACGAGGGGUACACACUGUCCCCAGAGAGGGUGGACCCACAGUUUUUCGUGUCACCAGGUGCCUCAAAGACCAGCAGUCGUAGGAGCAGCUUCAGUAUGGAGGAGGACUUGUAGCAGGGACAUACUGGGGUCAAACUGGUAGAGAGAGACCAGGGAGUUGGGUAAUGAGAGGGUUGGGGAAAGGAGGAGGAGCACUGGAAAAUAAGAGCUAGAACACUGCUAAUGGCACUGGACUCUGCUUUAAAACAAACAGCCAAUGGUUUCACAAAAAAUGACUUUGAUCUGAAUCAUGCAUUAGUCCAAAAUAAAUGGCUAUCCUUUCCUCCCUUACCAAGUUAAUAUUGGUCCCUGAACUUAGAACCCCCCCCCUUUUUUUUUCAGCACACCAUCAAUGAUAAAUGCAAUCAUUUUCAAAUGGAACAUAGUACAAUUAAGAUAUGGACACUGAUUAAAACUUUUUCUUGCAAGCCUCAACUCAACCAAGAUUUCCCUGCACAGACAUUAAAGAGGAAAUAGAGUGGUGGUUUAGUUAAGUACAGUAUAUUAUUGCUUCAUUGUAGAGUAUAUACUUUGUGCACUUUGUAACUUUUGUGGAAAGGUUCUUGUCUAUUUAGUGAAAUUGGCAUGAACUACAUAACCGGUGCUUUAUUGAAUUUAGUUUUUUUUUUUUUACUAGUUGAAAAUCAGGAUUUGUAUAGCUUAAAGUACACAAGUGAAUGCAUUUUACAGAUCUCGUGUUUGUCUAACAAAAUGUACCAAAGGGAUAUUUUAUUAAAUAUAUAAGGCACAUAGUUUGUGAUAUAAAAAGAUUUGAUAACCUCUAAAAACCAAAAUAUAUAUUUACUGUAUCUUACAUUUAAAAAAUAUUUGUGAACUUUCAAAACAUGUUUGUUGCACCUUUUCCUGUUGUCUAUGCAUUUUUAAAAAGCUUUUGUCUGUUGAAUGGCUAUACAGCCGGUAUGUAACUGAACUUACAAUGAACAAAAUGAAUAUAGAAGUAAAGCAAAAGCUGCUGCAGCUAGUCAGCCAAAGCAGGCCACAUUUCACAGAAUGAUCAUAGAUUUAAGUCUUUAUACGGGUGCAUUAUAUAUAUAUAUUUUUUAUAGUCAAUGGAAGUAUAGCUUUAACGUUUGGCACUAAUCUCUGAAACACUGCAUGCUGUGUGUGUUGCAGAAAGGUACUGGGCUAUGUAGUAUAUUUCUUAGACGAUCAUAUGGUAAUUUGUGAUGAUAAUAAUAUGAUUAUGUUGACUAAGAUUUAUAUAGCGAUUUUCCAAGGCCUUGUCACAGACUUCUAGCUCUAGACAUAAAGUUACCUUUUUCUGAGUCAUCUAAUCUGAAAAUGUGUAACAUUCCACAUGUUUUUCCAAGAGACUGAAAUCCGUGCAUGGUUAGUGUGUAUCACUCCUCUAGCCCUCAGUCUCUCUUUCAUUUGUAUUGACAAGCUUUUCAAAGAAAAGUACGUUCAUUAGCAGUAUAUGUUAGGGAUCUGUUUACACGUCUGGAACUCUGUUUUUCUAUGUGUUGUCAAUUGAUGCUUCUCACUGUUGAAACAUUUGUGCCUUUCCUCCAUGUCAAGGAAGAUGGAUGCAGAGUGUACUCUCCUAACAGGCUUUUAUUUUUUUUAAACAUAAAAAGAGAAAUGUUUGACAAACUCAAAAAACAAUGCAAUAUGUCUGAUUAUCUGAAUUUUUUUAUUUUUUAUUGCAGUUUAGGGUUACUUGAACUGCGGCUGUGGUUUGAUAUGAGAUCCUCUAUUUUAAAUCAUUUAGAAAAAUAUAUAUUGCUGUUCUGAUUUUCACUUAUGGUUCUGCGUUUACUGGAACACAAACCUUUAACAGCUUUAAUGGGAAUAUGUUGUUGGCCGCUUUGAAUUAUAUUUGAAAGUGUAUUGAAUUUCUUGCUUUAUCUAUACUCAGCAAUAUUAAGCACUGUCACUCUUUACUGUUUUCUGGUAUGUUUUAGUUUAACCAAAAUAAAACAUUUGAAAACUUU